AGCUGACCAGGAGGAGAAUGAUGGAAAGGGUUAACGCGGAGGGGCAUUAGAGAUGCAUGGAGGAGCAGAGGGGAGGAGGCGUUCAGCGCUGAGACAUUGUCAUGCAAACAGAGACCACCGCCUCGCCAUUGUCUCCCGGACUCCAACUUUAUUAUAAACACACCGCGAGCCGCCCGCCGCAGCAGAUCACUGGAGCACCGGCACCGAGAGACACGCGCUGGAUACCGCGAGAAAACCACGCGUUCCGCUGGAGUUUGACGCCGGUCCCGGACCCUUCGCGCACCCACCCGGGUCUCCGUCCGCGCUCCACAUGUACAAAAUGGAUUACUCGUAUCUGAACACGUAUGACUCGUGCAUGGCGGCGAUGGAGGCGUCGGCGUACGCGGACUUUAACUCGUGCAGUCAGGCCAACACGUUCCAGUAUAACCCGAUCCGAACCGGCUUCAGCUCCAGUCCGGGAUGCGCUCCGCUCGGAUCCACCAGCUGCACCCUGGGCGCGCUGAGAGAGCACCAGCCCGCACCCUACAGCACAGUUCCGUACAAGUUCUUCUCGGACGCGUCCGGUCUGAACGAGAAGCGCAAGCAGCGGCGGAUCCGCACGACCUUCACGAGUUCUCAGCUGAAGGAGCUGGAGCGCGUGUUCGCGGAGACGCAUUACCCGGAUAUCUACACGCGUGAGGAGCUCGCGCUGAAGAUCGAUCUGACCGAGGCGCGCGUCCAGGUUUGGUUCCAGAACCGACGUGCCAAAUUCCGUAAGCAAGAACGCGCUGCCAACUCCAAAGGAGCUAACGCUGCCGGCACCAGCUCCGGUGCCAAGAAGUCUGGUGAGAACCGCUGUUCCUCCGAGGAUGAGGAGUCUAAAGAGUCGACCUGCAGCCCGACGCCGGACAGCACGGCUAACAUGGGCAGCCCUGGGGUCAGCAGCCUCAGCCCCAGCCCGGUCUCCGGCUCCUCCAUCUCACCCUCCAUCCACCAGGGGCUCAAGAGCUCGCCCUGGCCCAGCAUCGGCUCCCCUGGACCGGCCCUCCAGACCCAGGAGCUGCUGAAGGCCUGGCAGCCGGCGGACAGUAUGGCGUCUGGACCCUUCGCCGGCGUUCUGUCCUCGUUCCACCGGAAACCCAACACAAUCAAGACCAACCUGUUCUAGAGACUCCGGGUCCUGCGUCUCUGUCGCUCAUCUACUGCUAGAUCCAUCUGUCCACUGAUUUGUGUAGAGCUGGACUCCUGAUGGUUCAUUUAUUGUCAUGUUAUAUGUGUGUGUGUGUGUGUGUUCAUUCAGGUCCGUUCCUCUUAUUUUCUCCUGAAUGCUGAAGAGACGUCUCAUAGAUCGACGUCAACAUCCCUCGAGUCGUCAGUAAAUGAGUUCUUCGUUUCCUCUCCAGGAACGUUUGGAGCUUCAGAACGAGAGAAAUGUUCAGUUCUCCAUGAAGAGACGACAGUGACCAGAUGUCCAGGACAGAUU